AUGCAGCCGGAGCCAGCGAAGGAGACCAGGAGGAGGGGCCCGCGGGAGCGAGCGAACAAGGGCGCGCAGGGAGCAGGGUCCCGCGUGGGGCGCGCCCAGGCGGAGCCCCCCAGGCCGGGCUGGGCCCUCACGCUGGAGGGGCUGGCGGCCAUGCGGCCCGCGCAGCGCCACAGCCACCUGCUCUUCGGCGACCUGCUGGAGGACGUGGGCGCGGACACUUGCCUCUUCCCGUGCGAGUCAGCGGAAGUGGGGUACCGCAUGCCGGACUCGCGUGCGUGGACGCUGCCGCUUGAGCCACCCGCGCAGCGCCAGGACCGGCUCCUCGGCGUCCUUAAGGCCGCCGAGGCCCGCGGCCGAGUCCGCGCGCUUCGGCUGCGCUACGCCCGCAUGCGGGCGGAGGAGAUCUCGCUCCUCAUUCAGUGCCAGAGGUCCGCGCGCGCCGCCAUCCGGCUGGAGCUGUUCCUGCCGCCGCAGCUGAAGCCCACGAGGAUCCCAGACCCCCUGGACCGGCAAGAGAGGAGGCGCGUGGAGACCAUCCUGGAGGAGAAAGUCCACGGCAGCAUCUUACCGCGUUGACAGCGACCCCACAGCGCGAAACCGCGCCCCACCCUCCUACAUAAAGUCUCAUUUCCCAACCACCCCC